CCAGGGAACCUUCCUGAUCCAGGGAUCAAACCCACAUCUCUUGUGUCUCCUGCAUUGUCAGGAGGAUACUUUACUACUGGAGCCAGCUGUAAGACGUGGCUGUUCCUUCCUCUGUCUGGCCUUGAAUUGACUUCAUCAGAGCACAGGCUUUAGCUGGAGACAGUCCUCACUGACUUCCGGAUUGUCAUCAGAUUCACAAUGGACUCUCUCAUCGCAGCAAAUACCAAGUUUUGCUUUGAUCUGUUCCAAAAGAUCAGCACAGAUGAUUGUCGGAAGAACAUCUUCUUCUGCCCGCUGAGCCUCUCGGCCGCGCUUGGCAUGGUCCGCCUGGGAGCCAGGAGCGGCAGCGCGCGCCAGAUCGACCAGGUACUGCACUUCAACGAAUUGUCCCAGAAUAAAGGGAACGAGCCAGAUCCCUGUCUGAAAAAAGCAGAGCAGGAAGUGCCUGCUGACAGCAACCUGGAAGGGCAGAAGGAAGUGGCGGGGCCUCUGACGCUGCAGACCGAGCCUUCAAAGGAUGAGAGUGGACUGCUCAGCUGCUAUUUCGGACAGCUUCUCUCCAAAUUAGCCAGGAUCAAAGUCGAUUACACCCUGAGUGUUGCCAACAGGCUUUAUGCGGAGCGAGAAUUCCCAAUCUGCCCGGAAUACUUAGAUGGCGUGAUUCAAUUUUACCACACGACAGUUGAAAGUGUUGAUUUUCAGAAAGACACUGAAAAAUCCAGGCAAGAGAUUAACUUCUGGGUUGAAUCUCAAUCCCAAGGUAAAAUCAAGGAACUCUUCAGCAAGGACAGUAUCAACAAUGAGACUGUGCUGGUGCUGGUGAACGCUGUCUACUUCAAGGCCAAAUGGGAGAAAUAUUUUGACUGCGAAAACACGGUUGAUGCCGUUUUUUCUCUAAGUGAGAGUGAAAAGCAGAAUGUGAAGAUGAUGAACCAGAACGGGCUGUUCAGAAUUGGCUUUGUGGACGAGCUGAAAGUGCAGAUCUUGGAGCUUCCGUACACGAAGGGGAAGCUCGAUAUGGUCGUGCUGCUGCCAUCUGGCUCCGCGGACAACCUGAAGGCCCUGGAAGAGCUUGAAAGGAAUAUCACCUACGAAAAACUCAUGGCCUGGAGCAGUUCAGAAAAUAUGUCAGAAAAAAGAGUAGCCGUCUCCUUCCCUCGGUUCACCCUGGAAGACAGCUAUGAUCUCAACCCUAUUCUACAAGACAUGGGCAUCACGGAUAUCUUUGAUGAAACAAAGGCUGACCUUACAGGAAUCUCUCCAAGUCCCAGUUUGUACCUGUCAAAAGUUGUCCAUAAAACCUUUGUGGAGGUGGAUGAAAAUGGCACCCAGGCAGUUGCAGCCAGUGGGGUUGUCGGUAUGGAGAAGUCCUCACCGUCCUGGGAGACAUUUAAUGCUAACCGCCCUUUUCUCUUUUUCAUCAGACACAACAAAACCCAAACCAUUCUCUUCUAUGGCAGGGUCUGCUCUCCUUGAAAGGGGAACACGGUCUGGUGCUUGGAGCUGGGAGAAAGCGAUGAUAAGUUUCACCCCUGGUAUCACACGGGCAUUUGCGUUUUCGCUAACAUCCAAAGCUGACUGAAUUUCAUCGCGACUCCACGCUCCUCACCUCCGGCCGUUGGUCCUCACUUCUCCUGACCUUUCUCUCACCCUGUCGCAGGUUCUCAUCUAAGUCUUUUAGAACUAAAAGGUCCUUGCUCCCUCCCCAAACUUUCACCACCCUAAGCUUUCAAGCAUAUAAAUUUACCUGCUGUGACUUGAAGGUCAACAUAAUUGAGGAUGAUAUAGAUUCUAAGUUACUGACCUGCUUAUAAAGGAAUCCUGAAAGUUCAAGUCAUUAGUCCGCUUCUAGGAACUGGCAGAUUCAGAAAACACUUUUCCACGGGUGGCAAGAGAAAAGGUUUCCGUGGGAUCUGUUUUGGAAACAGCCGAGUUCCUGCCGCAGCUGCAAUCCUGGUGGCCCGGGGCGGGGUGCUCCUCCUCUUCCUGUCUGUCUUCUGCGGCAUGGAGGGUGUCCGAUGGGGGUGGGCUCGGUGACGGCUCAGGGGAGCGAGGCUCCCCCAGCAGCGUGCAUUCUGCAGAGGGCAGGAUGGUGUUUGUUUUGUGAAUCUGACAUGAACUUAGGAGAGGAGGCAGCGAAUUAAAAAGAGAUGUCGUCUCAGUUUUCCUUAGAGAGCCGUCACCAUGAGGCACUUCCUCUGUCUCGUCACGCCUGUCCUCAGAGAAGGCUCCUCUGUAGUUGCUCCUAAGGGCUUCCCUGGUGGCUCAGACGGUAAAGAACCCGCCUGCCAACGCAGGAGACCUGGGCUGGAUCUCUGGGUUGGGAAGAUCUCCUGGAGGAGGAAAUGUCAACCCACUCCAGUAUUCCCGCCUGGAGAAUCCCAUGGACAGAGGAGCCUGGUGGCUACAGUCCACGGGGUCGCAGAGAGUCGGGCACGACUGAGCGACUGAACCACACUGGGCAUGCACGUAGCUGCUCCUAACCACUCAGCACGCUGCGGGGGUGGGGGGGGGAGGGAGGUGCUGCCCUAGCUGCGGCCCUCCCAUCCCCUCUCUCCAUCCUCUGCCGCGUGGACCCAUCUGUCCUCCCAGAGGCCUCCUAAGAGCCCUCCGGGGCCUGGACACAAUGCUCGUGGAAACCACUUCCCAUCAACUGAAAGCCAGACACCAGAGCGUUCAAGACCCCAGGACCCAGGGCCUUUGUUCUCCGAUGUGUCGAUCUGAGUUCUUGAUCUCUGCCUCAACUGCAUGCUCUGGAAUGACCACUGACACACUCUCCCGUAGAGGUGGAUUUCCAGUCUGAUGGUGGUCCGUUUUCCCUGCCCUGUGACGGCCCUCCUCCCAGCUGCCCUGGUGUUGGUGAAGUGUGGCUGUAGCAGUUUUUACAGGAGAAGGUGGAUUAACUUCACCUGCUCUUAUGCUGGUCCUUCCCCUAGUUCUCUCUGUGCUGGAAAAGACAAGUGUCAUGUUCUUUAUACAGGCGUCUCAUGGCUGAAACGUGCUCAUAGCAUAAAAAAAAUUCUCAUUGGUGACACGAGGCUGUUCUUCCAAGUCUUUUACCUAGAAUACAUGUCUCACAUGUCAAUUUUAUCUCAGAUAAUCAAAAAUAGUCUCUCCUGUGGUUCCUUUUUGAGGGUAGGGUUUCCAGGGCUGAUUCCAUAUUAAGCUGACAGCACAGCUAGACACUGACCAUGACCUGUAUUAUGGGUCGGGCAUUGUCUGGUGUUGCUUUUGUUCUUAUUCUUUUCCUUGAUAUGCAUAUUUUCUCAUUUGCACUGGGGUUUUUCAGAAUUUUAAUCAUGAGGGGAAAAUGAAUCUAUUCACAAUAAAGAGAAGAGUGUGAUUCUUAAAUCUGUAAGUCAGUAAACACCAUCUUUACUGACCUUUCAUUGAUCAAAAUGUUUCCCAGUGAAUAAAGCAUUUUUGUCAUAAAAUAUG